AGAAGGAAAAAUAAUGAAAUUCCUCCUCCAUAUCUAUACUCAAAGAUAGAAUCGUUCCGACUAUUUAAAAAAAUGGAUUUUGGUAAUGACAAUAAGGAAAUGGAAAUUGUGUACACGUGUGGGCUGUGCGAGAUGACUUGCAAUGCCAAUGAAAUGCAAAAUCAUCCGUGCCUAGAAUCUUUUACACGUUAUGUGGACGAGCAGCAUUAUUUUUAUCCACAGUGUGACAACGGAAAAAUUCUGCGUAGAAGCCUGAUAGAUGGCACUGAACAGAAUGUUUUGGAGAUGCCUGAAGAUGCAGAAGAGAACAUUCAAGAGACAGAAAUUCCAAAUGAGGAAGACUUUGAUGUGGAAAAUCUUCCAGAGAAUGAAAAUAUGCAGAAGAUAUUUUUAAAAGAGCGUCUCAUUGAGGCGAUUCGGAGACGACCGCCUCUUUGGAAUUUCAAGUUUCCAACUGCAGAAAGGAGCGUUCGGAGCAAAGAGAAGUUGUGGCUAGAUGUGGCUGCAGUUAUGAAAGGUGUUGUUACUGUAACUGAAGCCAAAAAGAAGUGGAAGUCCCUCUUGGAUACAUUCAGGAGGCAUCAAAAAAUCGUGCAGUUGCCAAGUGGCUCAGCAGCUCAAAAGACAUCGAAGUGGAUUCACUUUGAGAGAAUGAGCUUCCUUCGAGAGAUAAAUCUUCAAAACGAUACAAUGUCAAACAUCUCUGUACAUCAAGACACUUCGACCGAUGCUGAUUAUGCCAGCAUGGAAGACAAUAUGAGCAGUGUGUCACAAAUACCACGUAUUGGUCCAAGUCGAAAAAGAAAUAGAGACAAUUUUAUGGACAAAAUAUGGGAGUUGAUGCAGGAGUCCAUAAAUAUCAACAUACAACAGAAUGUUCAGAGUCCGUCUAUUGGAUUCUGCACCACGGUUGCGCACAAGCUCGAUACCCUGAGCGAAGAUGCACGGGACAGGGCAAUGAUGCGAAUACUCGAGGUGCUACGUGAAGAACGUCACAAGGAUCAAAUUUAG